UCCAUUCCUAAGAGAUGUCCUGCUACGACCUGUGUCCCACCAACAUCGGUGGCAUCAGCCGCCCCCAGCCCAUCGCUGACAGUGGGAAUGAGCCAUGCGUCCGGCAGUGCCCUGACUCCACAACUGUGAUCCAGCCACCUCCUGUUGUUGUCACCUUUCCUGGACCCAUCCUCAGCUCCUUCCCCCAGGAUUCAGUUGUGGGAUCCUCUGGAGCACCUGUCUUUGGGGGCUCCUCCCUGGGCUACGGAAGCUCCUCGCUGGGCUACAGGGGUCUGUACGGCCAAGGAGGCUCCUCCCUGGGCUAUGGGGGCCUGUAUGGCUAUGGAGGCUCCUCCCUGGGCUAUGGGGGGCUGUAUGGAGGCUCCUCCCUGGGCUAUGGGGGCCUGUAUGGCUAUGGUAGAUCCUAUGGUUCUGGCUACUGCAGCCCUUACUCCUACCGGUACAGCAGGUACCGCCGUGGCAGCUGCGGGCCCUGCUAA